AUGAUUUUUGUUCAACAAAAGCUGGUACUUGUCAUGCGGUCUCAUUUAAAUUGGAUCGCGAUUUGUGAUAAUGCAUGUAAGAAUAAAGAACAUGUACAUGUUAAUGCUAUCGCAGAUUCAUUAGUUAAUUUACUUGGAGCUAACGAAGAUAGCCCGAGAUUUAAUGAUUUGAAAGCGAAAUUAGCAAAAAUUGAUAGUUAUGUAGUUGAUAAUAAUGAUUUCGCUGAGGUUAUAAUGAAUGAAACGAUGGCAACGGAUCUAAACGCGACUAACUUUUUCAAUGCUUUGAAUGAAUCAGAUAAGUUUAGAUUUUUAUCAGAUAAAGAACCAAAAAAUUUGUAUCUGCAGUUAAAAGAAAAAAUGAAUAGAGAUGAUAUUAUGAGUAUAUUGAAAAAACAUAACGAUAUCGUUAAGUCUGCGAGGAAAAUGAUGAAAGGUGAUCCUUAUGGAACAAUGGAUAUCGAAGAUGGAGUGGUCGAUACCGUUGAUAAAAUAAUUGCAGAGAUACCUUCAGACCGGCAUAAGUACACAUUUGAAAAAGAAGAUAAUAAGUACUGGGAUCCUCAAGGUGAGCUAGAGGAUCUGGAAGUAUUUCACAGACAUGAUGGCAGAAGAAUAUUUAAAGGGGAGAGAACUACAAUCAGACACUACCCCUUCAUGGUGUCUGUUCACGUGAUGGGCAGGUUCUGGUGCGGAGGUGUGAUUUACUGGCAUGAUCUCGUACUAACUUCGGCCGCUUGUCUACAAUUAAUGCACAAUAAUAGGUUCUUCCGUGAAAAUCCAAGCGUUCUGCGAGUCAGAGUUGGCAGCAACCACAGCAGGAUAGGAGGUGAAAUGGUGGAAGCUCUUGAGGUUUACUUCCACCCCAGCUACAACCCACGUACUCUGAAGAACAACAUCGCCAUCAUCCGCCUGCGUCGCCUCCUAUAUUUCAACCACCACCGCAUCCCGAAGCUCAUCGACAUCUCCUACAAUGAACACGGACUUGCUCCCACUUCUGAGGUCCUAGUACUUGGUUGGGGUGUUACUAAGAUGUCGCAAACAAUGUCAUAUGAACCGGUGUUCCUGAAUAGAAAAUUUUUGCCGAUCUAUCCGAAUGUGUUCUGCAAGGAAGUCUACGGAGACAAAUUCAUUUCAGCGACCAUGUUCUGUGCUGGUACGUUUACAACUGGGGAAGGUGCUUGUGACCACGACGCGGGAGGCCCAGCAAUCAUGGCCGGCAAGGUAGUUGGCAUCAUAUCCUUUGGACCAUCAGUUUGUGGGUACCCCAACGCACCAACUGUCUUCACACUCGUUGGUGCAUACGCAGAUUGGAUUGAAACUGUUAAUGAAACUAUGCCAGGCUACUACCGUGGUAAGAAGAGGACUACAACUGAGGUUCCGUACAAGUUCUUCCCCGAUAUCAAGACGAAACGCUUGCCAGAUAUAAAUGACUUCAACUUGGAUAAAACAACAACAGAAAGAACUACAACUAGAACAACAACAGCUGAAACAACAACUCCAUCAGCUUUGAGGAAGAAGAAGAAGUUGGUGAUGAUUGAUGAUUCAGAUGCUGACGGUUUUAGUAUUGAUUUGGAGUAA